AUUUCAGACUUGAGUAUGGACAUGUAUGAGAUCCUCGGAAAAGUGGGAGAGGGAAGUUAUGGAACGGUAAUGAAAUGUAAACACAAGGAAACAGGACAUAUAGUUGCCAUUAAGAUAUUUUAUGAGAAGCCAGAAAAAUCUGUCAACAAAAUUGCAAUGAGAGAGAUAAAAUUCCUAAAGCAAUUUCGUCAUGAAAACUUGGUCAACCUGAUUGAAGUCUUCAGACAGAAAAAGAAAAUCCACCUAGUGUUUGAAUUUAUUGACCAUACAAUUUUAGAUGAGCUACAGCAUUACUCUCAUGGUCUUGAUAACAGGAGACUUAAGAGAUAUCUGUAUCAGAUUCUUCGAGCAAUAGUCUAUCUCCACAGCAACAAUGUAAUUCACCGUGAUAUUAAACCUGAAAACAUUCUAGUUUCACAGACUGGAAUUACAAAACUGUGUGAUUUUGGGUUUGCUCGGACUUUAGCGGCUCCUGGUGAUGUUUAUACUGAUUAUGUGGCAACACGAUGGUACAGAGCUCCAGAGCUGGUGCUAAAGGACACUACCUAUGGGAAACCUGUGGACAUCUGGGCUUUAGGUUGCAUGAUCAUCGAGAUGGCCACUGGUAACCCAUACCUACCCAGCAGUUCUGACCUCGAUCUUCUUCAUAAAAUUGUGACCAAAGUAGGCAAUUUGACACCUCACCUUCAGAGUAUUUUUAUAAGGAGCCCAGUUUUUUCAGGAAUGGUCCUUCCAGAAGUUCAGCACCCUAAAAGUGCAAAGAAAAAGUAUCCUAAGCUCAAUGCACUUCUUGCAGAUAUGGUUCAUGCUUGUUUACAAAUGGAUCCUGCAGAUAGGAUGUCAUCUGCUGAUUUACUACAGCAUGAAUAUUUCACCAGAGAUGGUUUUGUUGAAAAAUUCUUACCAGAGCUGAAAAGCAAAUUAUUACAAGAAACAAAGCAGAAUUUUCUAUCAAAAUUCAGAGACAGUAAUAAAGAACUUGAGCAAAUCAAAGAUGAAAAGAGAACAGUUCAUGUUAAUAUUCCUCCAAAUGGCUCAAUUGUUGUAAAGCAGUUUUCUGAAAUGAGACAAGUUUUCAGUGGAUCCCUUCCUGUAUCAAGUAUAUCUCUACUGUUGCACUUGCCUGGGAGCACAUGGUCACUUGCUCCUAAGGAUCCGACCACUUCGACUGCAUUGAUCAGGUCCUCCACAUUUAUUAGGAUGAGAAUGAGAGUAACUGAUCCCCUUGUUGCCUCUUCUACCUUCUGGACCAUAAGAUUGUCUGCAAGGCAAGCGAAGAAUUUGUUGGACAUUGUAUUCUUGGCCGAGUUUGUUUUCCAGCAGAUAAGAGAAGUGAUUAUGGUUGAUGUGCAUUACUUGUUCCAGGAAAUGGAAAAGGACAAAAAAACAAAGGAGAUAAAAGUCAAAGGUAUCAAGAUGAAAGGGGGGAAAUCUGAAAUUUCAGAGCUUAAAAGGAAUGAACAAGAAGACGCACCCUCGCAAUGGGUCACUCUGUCUCAGAAUACUUUAAAUCUUCCUCACGAGAACAAAUCCACCGGCAGUGAUGGCACUGCCCCGGCAGCCGUUGGGGCUGAUGCUAGUGGGAUAAAGGAGGAUCCUCCGCAAACACCGUCUAUGACAAUGCCCCGCAUCCACCCAAAUUGUAGAAAUAUUACUACAAAUUUCAGUUCACACUUUGUGUGUCCUAAUUCAAGACUUCCCGAAAAAGCAAAAAAAAGACGCAGUCCCUGGCCAACAGUUGGACAAGUAGGUCCAAAUAACCGUCAGGAAGACGGAGCUAUAGCUCAAAAUCAAAUGGAGAAAGUCUCUCUGUAUGAAAGAGCUGCUCAGAUUGAUCAAAUGGUCAACAUAAACAGAAAAAAACGCAACAUUUCAAGAUGUGAGAAGAGAGACAUUCACUUUCCAGAACUCGCAACAACAGGGCAACAGAAAGAACUGAAAGGAAUGGAAAUUAAACAGGUAAGAGUGCUGAAGAGGGAGCCAAAGAAAUCUGAAGUAUCUAAAAUACCAUCUUUACUAAAUGUGGAUCAGAAUCGUGAAAAACAAGAGGCUAAAGAAAUCUUAACAAAAGAAUCCAAUGUACAAGAAGUACGAUGUCCAGUAACAGUUUGUGGAGAUGUCCAUGGACAAUUUCAUGAUCUCAUGGAACUUUUCAGAAUUGGGGGCAAAUCACCAGAUACAAAUUACUUAUUUAUGGGGGACUAUGUUGACAGGGGAUAUUACUCUGUGGAAACCGUAACACUUCUGGUAGCUCUCAAGGUCCGUUAUCGUGAACGCAUCACUAUCCUUCGAGGGAACCAUGAAAGCAGGCAAAUCACACAAGUUUAUGGCUUCUAUGAUGAGUGCUUAAGGAAAUAUGGAAACGCUAACGUAUGGAAAUAUUUCACAGACCUUUUUGACUAUCUUCCUCUAACUGCCUUGGUGGAUGGCCAGAUUUUCUGUCUACACGGUGGCCUCUCUCCGUCUAUAGAUACACUGGAUCAUAUCAGAGCACUUGAUCGCCUACAAGAAGUUCCACAUGAGGGUCCAAUGUGCGAUUUGCUGUGGUCAGACCCUGAUGAUCGUGGUGGUUGGGGCAUUUCACCUCGAGGAGCUGGUUACACUUUUGGGCAAGAUAUUUCAGAAACUUUCAACCAUGCUAAUGGCCUUACCUUGGUUUCAAGAGCUCAUCAGCUGGUAAUGGAGGGAUACAAUUGGUGCCAUGAUCGGAAUGUAGUAACAAUUUUCAGUGCUCCAAAUUACUGUUACCGUUGUGGUAACCAAGCUGCAAUCAUGGAACUGGAUGAUACUCUGAAAUACUCAUUUUUGCAGUUUGAUCCUGCGCCACGCAGAGGUGAACCACAUGUCACUCGUCGCACUCCAGACUACUUCCUGUAAUGAGAUUUUACUCUUGUACAGUAUUGCCAUGAACCAUAAGUUGACCUAAAGGAUAUGGGAAGAGCAACAGUAACUCCAAAAUGUCAGAAAACAUUUAACAUUGAAACCUGUUUUCACAUGGACCAAAAGAUGUGCCAUAUUGAAAUACAAAGCCUCUUGUCUUGUCAGCGACUGUGACCACUUUAGAAUGAACCAGUUCAUUGCAUGCUGAAGCAACGUUGUUGGUCAAUAAACCAGUUUCUGGCAUAGCUCUACUUGUAGUUACUUUUGCUUUCUCUGAGAGAUUGCAAACAUUCAGAUGUAGACAUUGAACACCUCGUGAAUACGAUUAACUUUCCAUUUAGCUGUAGCUUUCCAGCAUGACUGUAGAUAAGAAUAGCUAACUAUCAUUGAAGCUUAAAGAACAUUUUAAAUAAGUACCAAGACCGACUUUUCUUAUUUGUGUUCUGAAACUGUUUUUUUAAGGGAAAACUGUUUAAUUUAAUUGUACAAUUGUUUUGUCUGAACUGUUCCACCUGCAUUCUUCCUUCACACUUUCCCUCUACACAACGCCCCAUGUAUUUGUCCAUCAUAGUGAGUUAUUUUGAAAAGAGCUGUUUUUUUCUGUAAGACGUUGCUGCAGAAGAGUGUUGCAGCAUUUUUUCAUAAUAAACUUGUGAACUUAAAAGG